GAGCACGUAGCCCAACGUCAUCACGCUCAGCCCAGUUUGGGGCGGGGCUUGAUGUUCCUGACUGCUUCAGAGAGUGAAACCGAAAGCAAAAGCAGUCGGCUCUGAAUAGACGCCAUUUCAGAUAAAUCAAGAUCAUAAAUGGCUUCCCGUGUCACGGCCUGAAAUCAAAUCUCUCAUCUAGGAAGAAGAGAAGCAGAAAACUGGCAGUAAAAUGAGUGUGUCUGACAAGAGAGAGGAGGAGGCAUCUGUUUACACUCAGAGAGCAGCAUCUCCAGGAUUCAGUAACGUGUACAUGAAGAGUAACUACUCCAUGUUUGAGCCCCCUCAGUUCAGUGAUGGACCAUCUUCAGGAGUCAGUAAUGUGUCUAUGAAGAGUAACCACUCCAUGUUUGAACCCCCUCAAUUCAGUGAUGGACGAUCUUCAGGAGUCAGCAGUGUGUCUAUGAGGAGUAACCACUCCAUGCUUGAACCCCCUCAAUUCAGUAACGGACCAUCUUCAGGAGUCAGUAAUGUGUCUAUGAGGAGUAACCACUCCAUGUUUGAACCCCCUCAAUUCAGUAAUGGACCAUCUUCAGGAUUCAGCAGUGUGUCUAUGAGGAGUAACCACUCCAUGCUUGAACCCCCUCAAUUCAGUAACGGACCAUCUUCAGGAGUCAGUAAUGUGUCUAUGAGGAGUAACCACUCCAUGUUUGAACCCCCUCAAUUCAGUAAUGGACCAUCUUCAGGACUCAGUAACGUGUCUAUGAGGAGUAACCACUCCAUGCUUGAACCCCCUCAAUUCAGUAACGGACCAUCUUCAGGAGUCAGUAAUGUGUCUAUGAGGAGUAACCACUCCAUGCUUGAACCCCCUCAAUUCAGUAAUGGACCAUCUUCAGGACUCAGUAACGUGUCUAUGAGGAGUAACCACUCCAUGCUUGAACCCCCUCAAUUCAGUAACGGACCAUCUUCAGGAGUCAGUAAUGUGUCUAUGAGGAGUAACCACUCCAUGCUUGAACCCCCUCAAUUCAGUAAUGGACCAUCUUCAGGACUCAGUAACGUGUCUAUGAGGAGUAACCACUCCAUGCUUGAACCCCCUCAAUUCAGUAACGGACCAUCUUCAGGAGUCAGUAAUGUGUCUAUGAGGAGUAACCACUCCAUGCUUGAACCCCCUCAAUUCAGUAACGGACCAUCUUCAGGAUUCAGCUGUGUGUCUAUGAGGAGUAACCACUCCAUGUUUGAACCCCCUCAAUUCAGUGAUGGAGCUGCUGUGACCUCUGACCCUGUCAGGAGGAGAAAGAGAGCAGCAUCUCCAGUAUCCAGAUGUGUGAAGAGCAACAGACCCAUUCAUCAUCCCAUUGAUCUCAGAAACGAAGCCGUGCCCUUUGACCCUGUUGGUGGGAGAGCUGACCAGAUCAGAUAUGUGUCCUGUCAGACCUGCACAUCCUCUUCCUGUCAGAAACACAUCAGUCAUUAUAACACAGAAGCAGCCCUGCAGCUCAAAUCUCACCAACCAGUGCAUGAUGAUCUUCAGAGAAUCAAAGACCAGCACAAAUCCAGCAUGAAGAACAGAUAUGAGAGCUUAUUUGAGGGAGUCAGACUACAAGAGCAUCAGACCCUCCUGAACAGGAUUUACACACAGCUGUACAUCAUAGAGGGAGAGAGUGAAGGAGUGAAUGAAGAACAUGAGGUGCUACAGAUGGAGAAAAGUUACAAGACACUCCAAGACACUCCAAUCAACUGCAAUGACAUCUUUGAUCCUUCACCUGAACCAGGACAUGAGGAGAAGAGAAGAGAGAAUAAAGACAAAAUCAAGAUUGUUCUUACUAAAGGCAUCGCUGGAAUUGGAAAAACCGUCUCUGUGCAGAAGUUCAUUCUGGACUGGGCCGAGGGAAAAGCCAAUCAGGAUGUAGAUUUCAUGUUUGUGCUUCCAUUUAGAGAGCUGAACUUGAUUAAAGAUCAUCAGUACAGUCUUCACAGACUUCUGCUGGACUUUCAUCCUGAACUUCAAGAUCUGGACUCAAAGAUAUAUGAUGAAUGCACAGUUGUGUUCAUCUUUGAUGGUCUGGAUGAAAGCAGAAUUACACUGAAGUUUUCAGACAGUGAGAAAGUUUCUGAUGUGACUGAGACUUCAUCAGUGGGUGUGUUGAUGUCAAACCUCAUGAAAGGAGAUCUUCUUCCCUCUGCUCUCAUCUGGAUCACCACCAGACCAGCAGCAGCCAAUCAGAUCCCCUCAAAAUACAUCAACCGUGUGACAGAAAUUCAGGGAUUCAAUGACCCUCAGAAGGAGGAAUAUUUCAGGAAGAGAAUUAGUGACGAGAAUCAAGCCAGCAGAAUCAUCUCACACAUCAGAAGAGCAAGAAGCCUCCACAUCAUGUGCCACAUACCCGUCUUCUGCUGGAUCUCAGCCACUGUGCUUCAAAACAUCCUGAAACAAGAUCUGAGUGCAGAAAUCCCUCAAACUCUGACUGAAAUGUACAUGCACUUCCUCCUCAUUCAAACUAGUAUGAGGAACCAGAAGUAUGAAGAGAGAGAUCCAGAGAAACUCCUGCAGUCCAACAGAGACGUGUUUGUGAAACUUGCUGAACUGGCUUUCAAUCAGCUGAUGAAAGGCAAUGUGAUGUUCUACGAGGAGGACCUGAGAGAGAGCGGCAUAGACGUCACUGACGCCUCAGUGUAUUCUGGGAUUUGCACUGAGAUCUUUAGGGAGGAAUCUGUGAUUUAUCACAGGAAGGUUUACAGCUUUGUACAUCUGAGCUUUCAGGAGUUUUUUGCAGCACUUUAUGUGUUUUUCUGCUAUUUACACAAAAACAGUGAAGUUCUGAAAAUGUUCCUGACAGGAAAGUCCAGAACUCAGUCUGGGAAUGUUUCUCUGGAUGUGUUUCUGAAGGAAGCAAUGAAUGAAGCCCUGAACAGUAAAACUGGACAUCUGGAUCUUUUCCUUCGAUUUCUUCAUGGCAUCUCACUGGAGUCCAAUCAGAGAGUCUUACAGGAUCUGCUGAUUCACACAGAGAACAACCCAGAGAGCAUCAAGAAAAUAACCUACAACCUCAAACGAGGUCAAAAAAACAAUGUCAGUCCUGAAAGAUGGAUGAAUCUGUCACACUGCUUGAUUGAGAUAAAAGAUAGUUCUGUUGUUAAAGAAAUGCAGGCAUUUUUGAACUCUAAAACAAAAAGAAAAAAUCUUUCUCUUGCACAAUGUUCAACUUUGGCAAACAUGAUCCUGAUGUCAGAGGAGGUGAUGGAUGAGCUUGACUUUAUGAAGAACAUCAAAUCAAAAGAGGGGAGAUGGAGACUGGUACCUGCUGUGAGGAACUGCAGAAAAGCCAUAUUGGCAGGCUGUAAACUCACUGAUCAGCACUGUGAAAUUGUGGCUUCAGCUCUACAAUCAUCAAACUCCCCCCUGAGAGAGCUGGAUCUGAGUAAAAAUCACCUGCAGGAUUCAGCGGUGAAGCUGCUCUGUGCUGGACUAAAGAGUCCAAACUGUCAACUUAACACACUGAGAUUAUCUGGCUGUAUGGUGACAGAGGAAGGUUGUGCUGCUCUGGCAUCAGCUCUGAGUUCAAACCCUUCAUACCUGAGAGAGCUGGACCUGAGCUACAAUCACCCAGGAGAAUCAGGAAAGAAGCUGCUCUCUGAAUCACUCAAACAUCUGGAAAAACUCAAAUUGGCAGGCUGUAAUCUCACUGAUCAAGACUGUGAAAUUGUGGCUUCAGCUCUACAAUCAUCAAACUCCCUGCUGAGAGAGCUGGACCUGAGUAACAAUGACCUACAGGAUUCAGCGGUGAAGCUGCUCUGUGCUGGACUAAAGAGUCCAAACUGUCAACUCAACAUACUGAGAUUAUCUGGCUGUAUGGUGUCAGAGGAAGGUUGUGCUGCUCUGGCAUCAGCUCUGAGUUCAAACCCUUCACACCUGAGAGAGCUGGAUCUGAGCUACAAUCAUCCAGGAGAAUCAGCACUGAAGCUGCUCUCUGAAUCACUCAAACAUCUGGAAAAACUCAAUGUGGAUCACGGAGGAGAGAUCAGGAUUACAGCAGGACCACAAAAGUACGCCUGUGAUCUCACACUGGAUCCAAACACAGUGAACCGUUUCCUCGUUCUGUCCGAGGAGAACAGGAAGGUGACGAAUGUGGGACAGAAUCAGUCGUAUCCUGAUCAUCCAGAGAGAUUUGAUCAUUAUUCUCAGGUUCUGUGUGGAGAGACUCUGACUGGACGCUGUUACUGGGAGGCUGAAUGGAGUGGAGAUGCUGUAAUAUCAGUGGCUUAUAAAGGAAUCAAGAGGAAAGGAGGGAGUGACUGUAGGUUUGGACGUAAUGAGAAGUCCUGGAGUCUGAUCUGCUCUGAUCACAGAUUCACUGUCCGUCACAAUAAUAAGAAAACUGUCAUAUCUUCUUCUUCAGUCAGUAAGAGAGCAGGAGUGUUUGUGGACGUGUCGGCCGGCACUCUGUCCUUCUACAGCGUCUCUGACACACACACACUCACACACUUACACACAUUCACACACACAUUCACUGAUCAACCCCUCUGUGCUGGAUUUAAUGUUUAUAAUACAAACUCUUCAGUGUCUCUGUGUCACAUUAAACAACACACUGACUGACACACUGUAAAAAAAAAUUAUGUACAAUUAAGUGUUACACAGUUAAUUUUUGACUGUUAUUUCCUUUAAUUCUGAACGUUUGUCUCUCGUUCAUUUCAGUGUUUUACAUGUUUUGUUGUUUUAAUGUUCAGUUUCAAACACUUUAUGAAUCUUCAUCAAAAGAGAGUUUGGACUGAAUCUAAUACAGAUGAACUGUUGAACAGGAAAGAAACGAGUCUGUGACAAAUAAUAAUAUUUAUGAUUAAAUAAUAUAGAAAGCACUUGCAUUAUUAAUGGGAGAAAGUUCAAAUUAAACAGCCAAUCAGAGACUGAUAAAGUCAUCGCAUCACUGCAGCUGCAGGAAGCUCUGGUUGCCAUAGAAACAGUGUUUUUGCUGAUCAGCCUGAAAAAUAAAGUUUUUUAACACUAUUUGAGCAGAAGAAAUGAUGAACCCCUCUGUGCUGGAUUUAGAGUUUACUCAAACUCUUCAGUGUCACAUUAAACACACACACACACACGCACAUCUAGAUUUAGCAGAGAGAAUCAGGAGGAAGUUCAGUAUCAGUUUUAAGAAGUUUUUCUGUGUUUCUGUCAGUCAAACAGAAAGAGACACAAAUGAUCUUGAUGCUCAGGAGUCACUGGAUUGUUGUAACAUUAAUAUUGUGUGAUAUUCCUCAGGAUGUGUUUUCAGGAGAUCAUGUCAUUUUAGUGUAACAGAUUCGCCCAAAAUUAUUGUAAUUUAAAAGGAUUAUUUGGUGUUUGAAAGCAACAUUCAGAAGCACUGCUGGAGAAACUGUUUCUGAGAUUCAAUUCUAGACUGUAUUUCAGUCAGUUUUGACUCUUGCUGCACAUUUGAAGCAUUUAAAUAUGAUAAAAUAUAUAUUAAUACGUUACAGACUUGAUUGUCUAAUAGUUUGUAAAGUGUGUUCAAAUCUAAAUUUAUUGAGUUUCAAUAUGAAACUAUAAUAAUUGUAUAUUGAUCAGUGGCUUCAGUGGAAUUUAUAUUUAGUGUUUCUCUUUUCUCUGACAUAAAUGAGAAUCUUUUUUAUUAAAUACAUUUCUUUAAAUAUCAUUCCUGACAUACUUCAUCUCCUCUGGUGUGGAUAAUGAGAGGAAAAGACGUCAAUGCUGCUUGAUCUCUGACUUUCUUUAACAGCUUCAUGUUUUCAGUGUUUUCUGUCUGCUGGAUCAGUCUGUGUUUGAUCUGGUUUGGUUUGAUCAGUGUUUGAGAGUCGAUGACAGUGAGGAUCAAACUCCAUCAUCUGGAAACACCACAGGACCACAUGAAUCAUGAAAGACGUUUAUUUCAUGCUUAAACAUCUCAUAUUUUAUGUCAAAAUGUUUAAUAAAUACUAAAUGCCAAAUAAA